ACACAAAGGUGCUGUUGAUUUCAUCCAUGCUGUUUCACACUCGGCUGCAAACAUGGUCCGGCGGUGCGUAUUCCCACUCUGUCCGAAUAAAUAGAGAAGUUCUUCAAAGUUUAGCUUCCACAGGCUUCCUCUGGAAUAUCCGGGAUUACUAAAAGUGUGGCUCGUUGCACUGAAAAUGGAUCCGAAUACUGAAAUAGAGGAUUUGAAGCGGGCCAGUCACCGAGUCUGCAGUGCUCACUUCGCUCCUGAGGACUUCAUUCACACGAAGCCAAUGAACAAGGGCCAGGAACCAAAGCGUCAGAACCUGAAGAGAAGUGCCAUCCCGAUUGAGGAUGAGCUCAGUGAAAACUCAGAUUUUGAUGAGACUUUAUUUAAUGACUCAGAACUACAUGAAAACAGCAUUCCCUGCUCUGGAGCAUCAGAGGAUCUCUCACCAGAUGCUUCGUCCUCCGCUCUUGCUCAGACACAACAGAAAGAGCUGACAACAGGCGUGAACCAGAAAAUUGCUGUACUUCUGCAAAUGAAGGGAAAGUUUGUGGUGAAUGAGAAGUGCCUCUUCCAGCUGCUUGGACGCAAUUGCCCCUCCUGUCAGAGCAAGUUACAGAUGGAGAAGGUCACCUAUGACGCGUUCCUCAUCUUGAACCAACGGUGUCUGAAGUGCGACUACACCAACCAGUGGAAAAACAUGGCCGGUGCCCAUAUCCCAGCAGCAGAGGAUGGAGACGCUGUAGAGGAGACAUCAGAGAGUCCACAGGCCGCGGCGCCAUCGUUCAACAGUGCAGUUGUUUCUGAGAUUGUCGUUUUCAGCGAUGAAGAGAGUGACGCCUCGGAAAAUGUGGAGGAAGCGGAAGAAGAAGAUGAAUCGAGUAAAGACGAGGAGUGGAAUCUAACGGGGGAGGUCUUGCUGGCCGAGGAGCUCGAGCUGGAGUCCGAGAACGAGGAAGCUGAGGAAUCCACUGACGAGAACAAGUUGGGGGGCGGUGUCGUCCGUGAGCUCUGUGCAGAGUGUGGAAAGUUCUUCAACAAAAGAAAGCAUCAUGUCUGUGCGCACAAAGAGAGGCCCUUUGCCUGCAAUGUCUGUGGCAAGAGAUGCGUGACGGAGCUGUCCUUGAAAAUCCACUCCCGGAUCCACCAAGAAACCUACCAGCAUCUCUGCAAGUACUGCUACCUCCCUUUCAAAACCAGAGUGGACAAACAGAAGCACGAGGACGCCCACAAAAUGAAAAACGAUCCCUACAGCUGCAGCGACUGCGCGCAGACAUUCACCUCAUAUAAACAACGACGCAGUCAUCUGCUGACUCACCGAGGCCUCAGGGAGCACAAAUGUGGAGUUUGUGGGAUGGUUUUCACAAGUUGGGGGGAUCUAGAGAGACACUCCUUCGUGCACACGGGGCUGAAACCACACAAGUGUUCAGUUUGCGAUCGUAGCUUCAAGCAGUCAUCCCACCUGAAAUCCCACAUGCGCCUGCACACAGGGGAGCGGCCGUACGCCUGCUCGCACUGUGACAGGGCCUUCAAUCACAACGUCAGCUUGAAGAGUCACGUCCAGCAGUGCCACGCGUCCAACGGCGGUGCUCAAGACGAGACGGGCCCAGACGUCGAGUUUGACGGUGUUGAAGAGGAGCCGAAAAAGAAAGCAAAAAACGGCCUGAAAUGGAGGCGUUCAGGUCGGCCCGUAGGAAGGCCGAAGAAAACCGCAGAAGAAAAGAACCUUUCAAACACGGCAAGGUCAAAGAGAAGGAGGCCGAAGAAAUCCACCUCCAGUGACGAGGAAAGUGAGGAUGAUGGUGAUUUAUCCUUUGAAUCAGCAGAAGAGGAUGAAGAGGAAGAGGUGAAGAAACAGAGGCCUUCCGAAAAGAGCUAAAUAUGACAGUGACUCUGAUUUCAACCCAUAACUCACAAGGAGAAAGAGGACCGAAGCAAAAGAAGUGCAGCAGCCAGAGCAGUGGUGAGGGCUCCGGAAAACCUCGAGGAAGAUGGAGGAAGACCGAGGAAGAGAGCCAUGACCUCAGGGAUUUGAACACAGAAGGACGAACUUACAGGAAUCAGUCAAACCACACACUGCUUUUCAGAAACGUUUUACCUCGUUCUUUGUUCUCAGGAGGGACAAUAAGACACUCAGUUCUUUUUUAUUUUUUAUAUAUAUAUUCUUUUUGUUGUCAAAUGCACGUUGACUACAAUAAUUCUCUUUCAAAGCAAUCAUAGUUUUAUAUGUUUUGUAAUAUACAAAAAUAUAAAAGACACUCAGUUCUGAGUGGAAAAACAGUAUUGUAAGCUCAGAACAGUGAAUUGCCUUUUGAAAAGCAGGGAUGAAUAUUUGGAGAAUGUGUGGGGAGUGGUCUGAACCUCUACUGCAGAACCUGGGGUGGCAAAACCUCUUUUUGUCGAAAUAAAGAUUUUUGU